ACUAAUAUAUCGAGAAGUAUGUCACGCAUUCUAGUUCGUUUCUCUUCAGUGUUUUCCAAUGGAGCUGUCAAAUCAAUAUCACCAAAGAAGAGGAUGUUUGUAGGGAUUCGGCAGAUUUCUACAGAGCCAACGGGUUUGCUGUCUUUGACAAGAUAUGAUCAGUCCACAGACUGGCAAAGGAAGUUGACUCCAGAACAGUAUGUUGUAACCAGAGAAAAGGGCACAGAGGUGCCAUUCAGUGGCAUCUACCUGAACCACAAUGAGGUGGGCAUGUACCAUUGUGUAUGUUGUGACUCCCCACUUUUUAGCUCAGAAGCGAAAUAUGAUGCAGGAGCUGGGUGGCCAUCAUUCUAUGAGGCUCAUGGUACAUGGGAAAAGGAUGAAAGUCAUGCCAACAUUGUCCGUCGCCCUGACAACUCACUUGGUAGCACAGGGACAGAGGUUAUCUGUAAACAUUGUGCUGCUCAUCUUGGACAUGUCUUUGAUGAUGGUCCAGAUCCAACUGGUCAGCGAUUCUGCAUAAACAGCGUUGCUCUAAACUUCAAGCCAAGAGAAAUGUAAACCAGACGUUACGUCACUGGACAGUAUUGUAGUUAUUCAGUGCAAAUAAAGUCAAUCUAUGGCAUUUGAAUAACAAAUGAUCUAUUGUGGUGUAUGCUAUGAGUUACACUAAAGUUUUAAUCUUGGAAAAAUGCAUAUGCAUAAAUUGCAGUGAUUAUUUUAACACUUCAGAUCGACCACCCUAAAAAGAUUUAAUUCCUCUCCUGUGCAUGUGUGCACUGUGUUAUUCCUUAUCUAACUUGUAUUUUUUUGUACAUUAAAAUGCAAUAAUCUAAACUAAAAUGACUGUUUUAUUAAUAAACAACGGAUGUGAACAUCUGUGUGCACAAGCAA